CACUUACUAGGCGUUCUAUAUUGCGCCGGAUCUAUAGCGAGCUGGGUGCCCAUCGCGCUCGAGCCCGGGCAGCCACUUGCAAAGCUCGACGAGCACCCCGACUUGAAUACUUGAUGCUGAUAAGUCUUCGCAAUCAAACGUGUGCAACUGAGUCCGCGGGCGGAGUGCUCCUCGCUGUCGACGCCCAGGCACCCCCCAACCCUGUCCCCGGUCCCCCUCCGCGGAUUCCGGCGUGCCCGGAGCCGGUAAUGGCAAGGCACCGCACGCAAGGCACCGCACCGCACCAAGAUGGACGCGGAUCCGGCGCAGCAUCGGGCUCAGCAGCGGGAGCAGCUGCGCACAGCACUUAAAGCCUGUGAUCUGACCUGACGCUCGUCGAUGACGUCGACAAGUUGUGGGACAGCCGCAACUGGACCGUUCACUGGCUACAGGAAGCUAGCCGGAAGUUAGGACUUGUGGACUAUAUAUUAGCGCUGAAAGGUCGUGUAACUUCGGCGGCAAGCCUGGGCACGGAGAGCGCGGGAAGAGCCGGUCGUGCAGCUUCGGCGGCUGGCCAGGGCGUGGAGAAUGCGACAGGUUUCGCUCGCAUGUUCCUGUCCCCUACCGAGGUGCUCCGCUCGGCACUGCCUCCUGGUGAGUUGCACCCGGCGCUUGGGCGGAGCUCGACCAGCAGCCAGGCCUACAGUCGUCGUCCGGACAAGGUGCUCCUCUGGGAGCACGUGGAACCCGUGGAGGCAGGCGGUGGCAGCAACGGUGGCGGCGGCGGCGGAAAUGGUGGCAGCAGCAGCGGUGGCGGCGGCGGCGGCGGCAGCAACAGUCCGCGGCUGUUCGAGGCCAUUUGCGACCACCAGGACUCGGGGGACGCACUGUACGGCCGGGACCUGCGGCUGGUGAGGCACACGCGUGUCGGGCCGCUGAACUCGGGACGGGACGUGGACUGUGCACUGUGCAUGGCAGCGACGUGCCCCGGUGUGCUGGGCCAGCUUGCGGACGCCGUUUUGCCAAACGAGCAAGGCGGCGGGAUGCGUGUGUCGUGGCACCGCCAGCUGCCCACGGCCAUCAUCCAGUCUGCCAUCGGCACUGACGGCGGUGGCGAGCAAGGCAGUGGCCGUCCCAUCUACGGUUGGCAGCACGCCGCUGCCACCACUUCGGCGGCAGUGCCCUCCACGGCUCCCGCCAGCUGCAGCACAUUAGACACACAGCAGGGUGGCCACCGAUGGGAGGAGGACCAGGUCGUGCUGCUGGAAACAACAAUGGACAUCAGUAGCAGCACCCUUUUACGUGCGGAUGCGUUGGCAGUAGCAGCAACUGCAAGCAUGGCGGACCAGCAGGGCCACGGCGCAGGCGGCGGAGAGCAACAGCGGCAACCCGCAGCAGCCGUAGCCGCAGCCGGCGUGCAGCAGGCGGGUGGCAGCCAGGGCCUCGGUUCCCCCGCGGGCAUUACGGGCAACCGCCGUCCUCUGGAGGAGCAGCAGGAGGAGCUGGCAGUGGCGGCGGGCCCCGCAGCCAAGCGGCGGCGGUACCAGUCGCAGUGCGUGUGUUUGGGCGGGCUGCAAGUCGUCCUAAAGCUCAUGGUGCGAACGCGGGACGGGGACGUGCGGCCGAUCGACCUGCUGGAAGCGUACAACAGCGACCAGCAUCCCUACCACAAGCCGGCGCAGGCAAUGAUCAGCCAGGUCUACACGUGCAUGCUUGCCCGGGACACCUGCUACGGAUUCAUCUCCUGCUAUCUCGCCACGUGGCUGGUGUACUGCCCGCCCAACCGCCGUGACCUGCUGUACGUAUCCGUCGUCUUCCUGUCCACCACCACUGCCAGCGCGCGGGCGCCGGCGCCAGGUUGUGAUGCGCGAAGCACCGCGGCAACGGCCUGCGGCGCCCUGGCCUUCCUGCAGUGGCUGGCUCUGCGCAACGCGCACCGCCGCCCGCAGCAGCUGCAGCAACCUGCUGGCCUGCAGGGCCCGGCUGCAGACGACGGCAGUGGCGGCAGUGGCGGCAGCGGCGGCAGUGGUGGCAGCAGUGGCGGCGGCAGCCACACUGCUGACGAACUGGACGCGGGAGCACAGUCCGGCUCUGGACAUGUCAACAGCCCGCCCUCGCGCAGCCUCGCGUCGGCCGAGGAGACAUCUUUCGGCAGCCACGCCCAGCCGCGGGGCGGGCAGGAUCUCCGAGGGGCGGCGGCGUUGGCUGCGCAUCCGGCACAGCCGCUGCUGGUGACGGCCGCAGCAGCGGCGGCGCCGGCAGACACGAGUACGGCUGCUGUGCGGCAGCGGCCGUCGCGUGUGCUCCUGCGCUUUCAGGAGGAGCUCUGUGCCGGUAGCCACGGUCGCGUGCUGGCGGGCACGUGCGACGGCGUGGACUGCGUCAUCAAGCUGUUGGGGCCGGACCGCAGCGGGCUGGCGGCGUACGAGCGGGAGGUGGCUGCCUACACCGCGCUGGAGGGGCUGCAGGGGCUGCACGUGCCGGAGCUGGUGGCCUGGGGCGACGUGGACUGGGGCGUCCGCUUCCUCGCGGUGCGGCGCGUGGCCGGCGGCCAGCCGCUGUCACGCCUGCCGCGCCCGAUCCCGGCGGCGGUGGCGGCCACGGCGCUGCGGGUGCUGGAGGCGGUGCAGGCCGCCUGCCCAGGCUUCGUGCACGGCGACAUGCGGCUGUCCAACAUGCUGGCGGUGCAGGCGGGGCUGCCGCAGCCGCAGCCGCCGCUGGCAGCAGGGGCCGCCAGCGCCGGUGGCAAUGUCGGCUUCGCGGGUGGCGAGGGCGGCGUUGGUGGUGACGGGGGCGGCGGGCAGGCCACUGGCACGCAGCCGCACUGCAUGCUGCUGGACUUCGGUUGGUCGCGGUUGGACGGAGAUGCGGAGCAGCAGCGGCAGGAGCUGGAGGACCUGCAACAGCUGCUGGCAGCGGCGACGGCGGUGCAGCAGCGGCGGUAGCAGCAGCGGCAGCAGCAGCAGCAGGCGGCAUAGACAUUCCUGCAUAGGUGGUACUCGCUCGCGCAUCCGCAUCCGCAUGGGGAGCUGCGCGACGAGUCCUGUGCGUUGCAGUGGUCGUCAAGGCAGCAGGUUAGGGGAACGGGGGCACAACGGACUCGCAGACGUACUAGCGUACCGCACUGAUCGCGCUGCGCUGCGGGAGGGGUCCAUGGCGCCUGAUGAAGACUCGGCGCGCACAAUGCAGAGUGUUAGUAUGUUGGGGAGAGAGGUAGGCAUUCAACAAUCAAGAAUUCACAUGAACAAGAGACGGGGGCCGACGGAAUAGCAGAAAGGACGGCUGCAGGAGAGCAGCCAUUUGCGCUCAAUGAGAUGUGUGAAUUGUUAAAGGCAGCAGGUACAGACAACGGGGGCUCAAGUGAACUCGAAGCUGUACAACUGUUCACACUGCUCUGCAGGAAAGGGGCCGCAGUGGCUGAUGAGACCUCGGGGCACACGGAGGAGUGUGCAUGUACGUGUGUAGGCAGGGGGUUUUAGCAUGUCAAGGACCCAAAGAGAGCAUUGGUUGAUUGCGCUGGCACAGUAGGGAUGAUGGUGAAUAAGAGGUACCUGGACACAUGUGCUUAUAUGUGCUCAAUGCGAGGAAUUGGAUACAGAGAAUCAAAAGCUGGGUGUUGUUCCUUAUAGCGUCACCCAAGGCUUCUUUUAUAGCGUCACCCAAGCUCUUGCUUGCGAGUGCGCUGGUGCGCACAUGAUGUGCGAUGCGCUUGGUAUGGGGCGCAGGGCACCAGACCUGCAAUCUUUUGACUUGCUAGUGUACUGUACGUGGGACGGACGGAGCAGGGUAGGAAGGCAAGGUUAUGAUGGCCGGGGUGUCGAGAUGUCCAGGGUUGUGCCGGUGUUGGGCCUCCGCAUGGGUUUGGCCCUGGACCUCUUGCCGCCAAAUUUGAGCAAGCGCGUCGCACCCGGCGCCUAAACCGGUAUUGAGGGCACGGGUUGAAUUUGAAUACCGACAUGGACGCAUGGUACAUUGCUCCAUACACAUGGUCACUUGCAAGUUCUCUCAUGUUCUCCCCUAAAUCCUUCACGCAGGCAUGCAAAGCCCCCAGGCCCCCGAGCACACGCCGUCACUGGCAAACGUUGUAAGGGGGACACGCA